AUUCUGUUUUCUUUUCUUGUUUCGACCUCGUGUUUACAUUUUCGUAAUUAACUUUUAAUCUUUUCGAUUUUGACAAUUUUUAGAUUAAUCAUGUUGAGAUCUAAAGUGAAUAUGAUCUAUCGAUUAGCAAACACUGGUCAUUGUUGUUCAAUUGGUUUACAGAGAUUCGGUUAUCGUAAUCAACACUUUUGGGUUAUACCGGGUAAACGAUUAUCUGUUUCAUCAGCAAUUAAAAAAUAUCUUGACAAUUUCCGAUGGUUUUCUGGUCAACAACAAUCAACUCCAAGUGCUGGUGAAGAAUAUUUAACUAAUAAACUGAAAGAUAAGAUUCCAAAUUGUUCCCAUGUGGAGGUUCAUGAUGUUUCUGGUGGAUGCGGAGAGAUGUACGAGAUUUAUGUUGUUUCAACUGAUUUUAAAGGAAUAACAGUCUUAGCUCAACAUAAGAUGGUGACCGAUGCUCUCAAGGAAGAUAUUCCUAAAUUUCAUGGUAUUCGUGUGGCAACAUCAUCAACACCACCACCUCCUGAGACAUAGAUUCCAAAUGUACAGAGUAUUAACAUUGGUGUUUACUAACCUUAUGUCUUUAUUAGUUUUCAAAUGUUACCGGUUAUUGGGGUUACUUAUUAACCUCUACUACUAAGAAAAAUAAAAUAAAAAUUCAAUCGUCAAUUGAAUGAGCCUGAUAACAUCA